AUGUACCGACAGCAUCCCCUGCGACAAUCACAGACAGCCGAUUACUCCGUGAAUCGCCAACCAUCCACGGCAUCCUCAACAGCGUCCUCCGGAUACUCCUACGCGUCUGACCUCAGCAUCGCCAGCAGCAUGUCUUCUGCGCAUUCUAACGGCUAUGCGUCCGUCGGCCACAAGCGGGGCAAGAGCGAGGUUAGCAGGCUGUCCGCAUCCUUCUCCGGCCUUGAUGUCUCCCAGACCCAGUCGAGCACAACCGACAUUUACAGUACCGCCCGAAGGUCACUGCGCCCGCUCCCACAAGCUCCCGGUCCGGCCCCAGCAACAACCAAAAGCAGCCCCGGUCGCCAUGAUCGUGGGCAGAGCGUCGACAUCGGCAAACUCUCUCUGUCUGACACUGGCCGAUUUGUGCCGUCCCCUCCUCGCGUAUCUGGCAUUCGCCCAACGUCCAUGCUUCUGACCCGUUCCGACUCGAUCAAUCGGGGAGGCAGCGCAGCAGUCGCCCAUGCCCAUGCGCCGCCUGCCGCACCUCACCACUCCCACACAGCCUCGCUUCCGGCGCCGGACCUAGAAAGUCUCGGCAGAUCGUCUACCAACCAGCUUCGUACCCUGUCCAAGCUCGCCCAGGCCGGGUCUGUUGAUGGAUUUGCCCUCAGCGCUCCCACACAAGAAGUCAUUGGCUUGAAGGGUCGCCGCCGUCUCCAACGAACCGACACAGAGAAGGCAGGUCGCCCUGGUCAACGAAGCGGAGGGUACGGCUGGGAGGGAAGGAAUUGGAUGGAUAAGCAACGCCAGUUUCUACAAGCCUAUGAAUAUCUUUGCCAUAUCGGAGAAGCAAAGGAAUGGAUUGAAGAUAUCAUCCAUCGGCCCAUCCCGCCAAUCGUCGAGUUGGAGGAGGCCUUGAGGGAUGGCGUCACGCUUGCUGAGGUUGUCGAGGCACUCAAUCCCGAUAGGCGUUACAAAAUAUUCCAGCAUCCGCGUCUUCAGUACCGACACUCGGACAACAUCGCCAUCUUCUUCCGCUACUUGGAUGAAGUCGAGCUACCUGAUCUCUUCCGGUUCGAGUUAAUCGAUCUCUACGAGAAGAAAAACAUACCGAAGGUCAUCUACUGCAUUCAUGCCCUGAGUUGGCUUCUUUUCCGUAAGGGCAUCGUCGAUUUCCGUAUCGGCAAUCUUGUCGGCCAGCUCGAAUUCGAGCAUCACGAACUCGAAGCGAUGCAGAAAGGUCUCGAUAAGCUGGGAGUCAACAUGCCCAGCUUCGGCAAUAUGGGAGCCGACUUUGGUGUGGAACCGAGUCCCGAACCUGAAGAGACCGAGGAAGAGAGGAUCGACAGGGAGCUCGCCGAACAUGAAGCCGGCGUCGUGGAUCUCCAAGCCCAGGUCAGGGGCGCGCUGGUCCGUAUGAACUUGGGAAGAACGAUGCAGCAGUUGUGGGAUGCGGAGGACUGGAUAGUGGACCUACAAGCGCGCAUACGAGGUGACUGGGCCCGACAAAUCAUCGACUAUCGCCUGCAGAUGAGACUUUUCGCUGUGAAUCUACAGAGUGCGGCCCGCGGGUAUCUGGUACGACGACGCGAGAUCCAGAAGGAGCAGUUUUGGAAGAGCAAGGAACGUGACAUCCUUAAGCUCCAAAGCUUGAUUCGAGCGAACAAAGUUCGCACUGAGGUACGCGAGACUCGAUCUUACUUACUCCAAUGCGCGGCGCCGAUACGGGAGGUGCAAGCCGUGUUCAGGGGCUACCUGGCACGCCAGAAGGUCGACGAUCAACGACACGAGACGAGUCGCUUGACUGGCCCUAUAUCAGAUCUCCAGUCAGCAAUUCGCGGAAUGUCAUUGAGGAGGCGGCUUGGUGACGAGGCGCAAUUCUUGAGAAGCCAGGCUCAAACCAUUCGUGGUCUGCAGUCUGCUGCAAGGGCCAUGCUGACGAGAAAUCAGAUCGAUCAACAAAGAGAGUCACUUCUCCGCUUCACUCCGAAGUGGGAAACUCUGCAAGCCGUCGUCCGAGGCCGCCUCGCCAGAACCAAUGCGAAUGCACUUCGCGCCGAGUUGAAGCACCAUUCGUCAGCUAUCUCGGCCCUCCAAUCCUGCAUUAGAGCUGCUGCGGUCCGGAGGGAAGUCGCCGAGACACUUGAAUGCUUGGAAACCUGUGCUUCUCCAACAAUCGAGCUGCAGUCCCUGAUACGUGGUAUGCUGCAACGCCGACGUAUAGCGGCCGAUGCCAAAUUGCUGGCGCGCCAAACAGUCAAGAUCACGGGUCUUCAAGGGCAAAUCCGAGGCCAUUUGUUCAGGAAGCAGCACUUUGAAUUCCUGGACCAGCUACGAGCAAACGAGCAAGAGGUCAUAUCUAUCCAGGCCCUGGCGCGUGCGAUGAUGCUGCGAGCAGAUGUCGGUGCUCUACUCGCCGAACUUGACGAACAAGAAGACUCCAUCAUCGAGAUGCAGGCGGCAGCUAAGGCUUUCAUCGUCAGAGCGAAAUAUGCGGAGAAGAAGCGCUUCUUCAAGGAGAAUAUGCAAAAGGUCGUCAAGAUUCAGAGCUUCGUGCGAGCAAAGCUUCAGGGCGAAGCAUACAAGAGUCUCACCACUGGCAAGAACCCUCCUGUUGGUGCCGUCAAGAACUUUGUUCACUUGCUCAACGAUAGCGAUUUUGACUUCAACGAAGAGGUCGAGUUUGAGAGGAUGCGGAAGACGGUUGUUCAACAAGUACGGCAAAAUGAGAUGCUCGAGCAGUAUAUCGAUCAACUCGAUAUCAAAAUCGCCCUCCUCGUCAAAAACAAGAUUACCCUCGACGAAGUUGUCCGGCACCAGAGCAACUUUGGUGGCCACACCGGCACGCUUCUCGCCAACAGCACCAUGGCCUCUGCAAACCAGUUUGACCUCAAGGCCCUCAAUAAGAGCUCACGGAAGAAGCUGGAAUUGUACCAGCAACUAUUCUUCAAUCUUCAAACCCAGCCUCAAUACCUGGCGCGUCUGUUCAGGCGUGUUCGUGAGCAAGGCACUGCUGAGAAAGAAUGCAAGCGGAUCGAACACCUAAUGAUGGGGCUCUUCGGCUAUGCUCAGAAACGCCGCGAAGAAUACUACCUCCUGAAACUGAUUGCGCGAUCGAUACGUGAAGAAGUGGACGGCAUGGCCUCUGUUCAAGAAUACCUACGCGGUAACUUUUUCUGGUCCAAGCUUCUCGGUAACUACUCGCGAUCUCCUCGAGAUAGGAAAUACCUGCGCGACCUAUUGGGGCCUUUGAUCCGAGACAAUAUCAUCGAGGACCCGGCGCUCGACCUGGAGAGCGAUCCCAUGCAAAUUUAUCGUUCUGCUAUCAACAACGAGGAGUUGAGUACUGGCAGGCCGAGUCAGCGGCCCCUCGAUGUCCCUCGCGAAGUCGCCAUCAAGGAUCCCGAGACAAGAGAGCUAUUCAUUGACCACCUUCGAGAUCUGCGCCACAUCUGCGACCAGUUCUUGAUGGCUCUUGAAGAUCUGCUCCCACGGCUUCCUUACGGCUUGCGAUUCCUCUGCCGCCAAAUGUUUGAGGCGCUCUCCCAACAGUUCAAACGCGAACCCCAACAGCAGCUCUUGCAGUUCAUCGGCAACUGGCUGUGGAAGUUUUACCUGCAGCCUGCUCUGACGGCCCCAGAGAACGUUGGUGUUAUCGAGAAGCAGCUCAGCCCACUGCAAAAACGCAACCUGAGUGAAGUUGCCAAGGUGCUCAGUCAAACUGUUGCCGGCCGGCAUUUUGGUGGAGAGAACAUCUAUCUUCAGCCACUGAAUGCCUUCCUUUCAGAAUCGAUGGAGCGGUUCCACAACAUCAUGAGGCAACUUAUCUCAGUACCGGAUGCCGAGAGCACUUUCGACAUUGACGAGUUCAACGACUUGUACGCCAAGAACAAACCCACCCUCUACAUCAAGAUGACGGACAUCUUUGCCAUUCACAACCUCGUCGCCACGGAGUUGCCCGUCAUCUGCCCUAACCGAGAUGACAUGCUCAGAGAAAUCAUGCAGGAACUUGGUAGUGCGAAGAACAACGAGAGUGAGAUGACUGCCGCCGGUUCGUCGGAUAUCCAGAUGUUCUUGACCCCUAAACUACACGACCAUGAGGACCCAGAAGCCCAGGUCAAGGCCUUGUUCAUGGAGACCAAGCGCUGCAUUCUGUAUAUCAUCCGGGUGCAGACGGGACCGAGUCUCCUGGACAUUUUGGUGAAGCCGAUCGCGCCAGAGGACGAGCACAAGUGGCAGAUGCUUCUUCACGAAGACUUUGCUGCCGGCAACAACACAAAGGGCGCGUACUCCGAUGCUAACAUGAUCGACGUAUCGAGAAUGUCCUACUAUGAUCUCAAGCGGACAGCCCUGGAGAACGUCAUGCGGCUGGAGCACAUGGGCCGCAUCUCGAAGCAUAACAACUACCAAGACAUCUUGAAUGCUAUCGCGCUUGACAUCCGCACCAAGAGCCGCCGAAGAGUCCAGAGGCAGCGAGAGCUGGAGGGCGUCCGACUCACUCUCAACAACCUGCAUGAGAAGGCCAAGUAUCUCGAGCAGCAGCGCAAGAGCUAUGACGACUACAUCGAGUCAGCCAUGACUACUCUGCAGAAAAACAAGGGCAAAAAGCGCUUCCUGCUCCCAUUCACCAAGCAGUACAACCAUCAGCGCGAGCUCGAACGCAGCGGCCGCGUGCCCAAGUUUGGCUCGUACAAGUAUUCCGUGCGCUCCUUGUCGGACAAGGGCGUUCUCGUCGGCUGGGCCGGCGUCGCCGAUCGCGACUGGGACAAGAUCGACCUGACCAUCUCGUGCGACGAAGUGGGCGUCUUCACCAUCGAGGGCUCGCGCAGCCACAUCCAGAUCCCGGGAGCCAGCGCCCUCGUGCCCAUCGAGGACCUCCUGCAGGCGCAGUUCGAGGCGCACCAGUUCAUGAAUCUGUUCGAGGGCAACCUGAGGCUCAACGUGAAUCUGCUGCUGCAUCUGCUUUACAAGAAGUUUUAUCGGACGCAGUAA